AUGGAACCGUCAGGUUCGUUCAAUCAUUGCAAACCAUCACCAUCUUCCUUUCGUAUCUGCACGUGUGAUUCAGGUCUUGGGAGGAGCCGUGAAGGCAGAUCGGAGGCUCACAUGUCAAGAUUAUCCAUGUCAGGCCCUGCUCUGAUCGUCCUUCUGUCGCUUCUGGGGGCAGCCGACGGUGUAGGCAUCAGGCUGCCACGCGGCGGCGCAUUCGCUGCUCCCACUCCAUCUCCCAUCACGGCAGCUGCCACACCGUCUGUGGCACCUUCGCGCACCUUCGAGAAAUUCCGGGAUUUCAUCCUGCAAAGGCAGAAGACCAUUGUGCAGGAUCUUGAAGCUCUUGACGGCACUGCAAUGUUCCGCCUCGAUGACUGGCGGCGGAGCGACACUACUUACGGCGUGACAGGAGUGCUGGAGGGUGGGUCUUUGAUCGAGAAGGGGGCUGUCAGCGUUUCCAUCAUCCAGGGGACGCUGACCGAGGAAAGGGCUAGGACCAUGAGCAGCAGAGGGCGGAAGGUGCGUGAGGGAGGGGGGCAGCCUUACUGUGCCGCAGCACUGUCGCUCGUCGUCCACGCAGCCCAUCCAAUGGUCCCCACAUUGAGAGCCGACGUCCGCUACUUUGAGGUGGCUGAUGAUGGACACAGCGAGCCACAGGGAUGGUUCGGCGGUGGUGCCGAUCUGACACCAUGCUAUCUGUUCGAGGAGGACGCGAUCGAGUGGCACAAGCACUGGCGAGGUGUGUGUGACAAGUACAGCCCUGACCUGUACCCGAGGUACAAGAAGUGGUGCGAUGAGUAUUUCUAUCUGCCAGCACGACAGGAGCAUCGCGGCAUCGGCGGCAUCUUCUUCGACGACCUUAUGGACUUUUCUGACCUCCCACCGCCACCAUCACCAUCCCCCUCCACUUCACCGACCCCUCCCACACCACCCCUCGAAUUUGUCCAGGAUGUGGCUGACGGUCUCCUCGACAGCUGGC